AUGCAGCGCUCGCCGCGGCCCUCGCGAACUUCCGGAGCUCCUGAAGCAUCCAAUCCUGCGCUUCUUCCGGAGACGCCUACGACUACGCCCUUCGCCGCUGAUGCCUCCCGUCGCCCCAAGCGGACGAGGGCUGUGAGCGCUCAGAGAACUCCUACGCUUCCAGCCGUCGAGUCGGAGGAAGACAGCGACAGCGAGCAAUGUAUAACGUUUGAAGGGGAUGAAGGGCUUGAUGUUUCUUUUCCCUUGAAGGCAAUAGAGAAGAUAUUUCGCUGUUCUCUCUGCAGCGGCUACUUCAGAGACGCUGUCACCAUCAAGGAAUGCUUACAUACCUUUUGUCGUUGGUGUCUGUAUGACUACGUAGACGGGGGAGAGACAGAGGAGGUCUGCUGCCCUUACUGCGAAAGAAAUAUGCAGCUUUUGACUCCGCACAGAGAUGGGGCAGGCAAAGACUGCAGGCACUACAUGCCUCGCGUCACAGCAGCCUGCGUUGCCGGUGCUGGGGGCGUGGUAGGCGGCAGUAAUAGCAGCGGCGCCACAGCGUCAGCGCCAGCAGCAAACGCGGCAGUUCUGUUUGAUCGCACAAUGCAGAACGUUGUCGACAAGCUCUUUCCUCAUUUUGCAUAUCAGGAGCGGCUGGAAGAGGAGGAGCUGCAGCGGUAUAUGCAGCUGCACCAACAUAAGCAGCUGCCUCCUGAAUACCUUACAGGCUGUCUCACACUGGGACCAUUCAGGCGAGAGGCCGUGUCACAUAGGAGAGCUCGUCUCGAAGCUAGAGCUGCAGCAGAAGAGGCACUGGGCUACCUGCACCUCAAACCCUCAAUGUCACUAGAAUCGAAACACGAGCAUCAGCAAGCGUUGCACCAUCAGCAACAGCAAAAAAAUAUCGACGCGCCACGAGGCUUAAUUCAGAAGGACCAGCGCGGUGUAGUGCAGAAGGAGCGAGAGGGAUUGCGCAGCAACAGCAGGAGAGGUGAACAGCAAAAACUGCAGCAGCAGCAGUCGCUAGACGAAUUUGUAGACCAGCUGUUAGGCUCGCCUACAUUCUUUGACGACCAGCAGACAACAGCCAUUGCGCUUUUACCAGACACUUAUCAGGGCCAAUUGAUGGAAGCUCGCGUGCAGCACCAAGCAGCACAGUCGUGCUCAGGGGAAGGUGCACUAAUGGGCGAAAGCCGCCGUCAGGAGGCUCAUGGCCUGCCGCUUCCACUGAAACUGCCGCUCAUUAAUCGCCCUUACUUACGCGUGCCGAGCCGGAUGUCGAUCCAGCUUGUUCUGAGGUAUCUUGCAUUGCAGCUGCAGCCUCUACUGUUCACAAAGGGUCCUACGGGAAUUCUAACGAAUAGAGACCGUGUCCCGGUGCUUGGAAAUGCGUACAAAGAAGGCGUUAGUGACGUAGCAGGGUCCCCUGAAGACCCAUUGGACCUAGAGGUGGCCCUAGAGCUGACCUUAGAGGGGCGCGUGCUUGGAAGGAGUCACUCAAUAGAUUUUGUGCGCAAGGCCAGACGUCUUAACUGCGCAGGCAAGUGCCUACUGCUGCAGUACAGGUAUUCCGCCCAAACAGAAGCUAGAGUCAUCGCCUACCACGUGAAUGCGGUCAAGCGAGGCUGUACAACACCGCAAGAAGAUUCAUUUGUGGGAAGGGGAACCAGUGAGGCCAGAGGUCCGCCUUCAGCCGUCGCGUCAGCCAUUUCGUAA